AUCUCUCUAAACCUUCUCUGAAUCUGAAUAACAAGAAAUCAAAGCUAAACCAGAAGAAAUGGCACUUUCUUUCCAUGUUCGUUCUAACAGCUUCCCUUCAAGACAACACCCUCAAGCCGCUCAUGUCGAUGAGCAAUUGAACCGGUUGAGAUCUUCAGAGACAGCUUCUUCAUCUUCAAGCUCUUCUAUCCGCCAAAGACUUAGCAACCUUCAAGAUUUACAUGAUUCUCUUGACAAGAUGCUUCGCUUGUCCAUCACUCAACAAACUUUAUCUCAAGAACAAAUUGAGAUGAUUCUUGAUGGAUCUAUCAAGAUCUUGGAUUUAUGCAACGUUUCUAAAGAUGGUUUAUCUCAAAUGAAAGAGAGUCUCAAGGAGAUCCAAUCUAUUUUAAGAAGAAAGCGUGGAGAUCUAUCGGCUGAGAUCAAAAAAUACUUAGCUUCUAGAAAGUUUCUCAAGAAAUCAUUUCAGAAAGUACUCAAGAGUUUGAAAACUGGCGAGAACACAAACAAAGAGUCUUUGGCUGUGUUUAGAGAAGCAGAAGCUGUAACAGUUUCUUUGUUUGAAUCUAUGUUUAGCUUCAUUUCCGGACCAAAGUCUUGUGGCAAAUGGUCACUGGUCUCAAAGAUGAUGAGCCAGAACAAAGCUGCAUGUGAAGCCAAUGAAUUCACAAGAGUGGAGUUGGAGUUCCAAUCAGAGAAGUCUUUGAAGAUUGAAGAUGUGCAGAACUUAGAUUCAUGCAUUCAAGAUCUUGAAGAUGGAAUCGAGUCACUCUCUAAAUCAUUGAUCAAAUAUAGAGUCUCAGUUCUUAACAUCUAAUAGGCCAUUGUGCCCACAAUGUUUUUGUACAAAUAGGAUAAUGUAAUUGUUAACUAACUCAAAACUAAUACAAGAGUCUUUCAUAUGAUUAAUGCUAUCUUUUCUUCUUUAAUUUCUCCAAAUAAGAACACGCUAUCUUUAAAACAAACAGGAAAUUUCAGUAUCAUCAUAUCAUAUGCCAUCUCUGUACUUCAACAUGUUCUUCAAUACUUACAAAAUUCUGAAACCAUGUUACUUAUGAAUUAAUUCUUAUUCUAAUCUCACUUCGUUUGCUUCUUCACAUGCUUUUAAUCAACAAAUGCGGAUCUUGAUCAUAUUUCAUCAUGCAUCCAUACUUUAAAAUAAUUCUUAAUUUACUUACUUUUCUCUGUUUACUUAUAUUAACUCUGUACCUUACUCUGUUUUGUUCUGGUAAAUAACCAUAUUAAAAUAAUUGAAUGUGCAUGAGAGACUCUGCAUGUUAUUGGCCUUGUUGAAAGGAAAAUCCAGCACCAUUCAUGGAUAGAUAUGCGCUCUCAAAACCAUAACAAUAUUUGGAGAAAUCAAAUAUUGGAGUGUAGGAGGCAGACAAAAAUCUGCAUUAACCAACCAAGUUUUUAAGAUAAUUAAGAUGGUGCACAUGAAUGCAUCCACGAGUUGCGCUGAUAUCAUAGGCUUCAAUGAGACAAGCCUUGCUGGUUUUGCAUCUACCUAAUAAACCAAUAACAUGUAGAGUCGUUUGUGCAUUAAACAUUAUUUAUAAGAUAAUUCAUGUGACUAAAUCUGAAUCAUAUAAUAUUAAAUUAGUAUUAGUGCUUGAUGGCAUUAGGAGAUGUAUAUAAGCUUUUGAAAAGAUAGCCAAUGAAGGCAGAACAUUAAUACAUCUUUCAGCUCUCCUAGCAUCACAGGAAGAAAGCUCAAACACAAAUAACAUCCAGCGAGCUUGGCUGCUUUGGAUUCUGAUCGAACAUUCUUAUAAGAUGUAUAUAUCAUUACAAACAAACAUUUAACAUUUUUUUCCUCCCUCUAUUGUUACAUUCCAUCCCCAAUCAACAAU